CGCGCACAACCAAACAAAACCAACAGCAACGAUGAUGACAAGAAGGCGAAGGCGAACGCGCACUGCUGCGCGUGAUGGUGAUGGUGGUGGUGGGAACGAGAAGAAGGAAGAAGAAGAGGAGGAGGAGGACGAUGACGACAUUGGGGUGAACGUGACGCAGCAACUGGCCAAGUCGCCUGCAAGGCGAAGGCUGCUCGUGCUGGAUGAGGAGGACGAGGAGGACGAGGAGGAAGAGGAGGACGAGGAGGAAGAGGAGGAAGAGGAGGAAGGGCGUGACAGCGAGCAAAGUGGCGAAACAAAGCAGCACCUAGCUACAACGCACUCUGCUGCCUUGCAUGACGACACGAGCAGUGAUGACGACGACGACGGUGAUGAAGGAAGCGCAGGGGAAGGACGAAUUGUCAUUCGACGACGGUCGCAGCGCUUGCAGGCCAAGACAGACGAGAAGCGGGACAUGUGGCGACGCAAGCUCAGAAGUACACGCAGGUCACUGAUUGUCACCACUGCCGGCGACGGCGUCGAUGACGACAACAUCGAGGACGAUGACAGCGACCACCACCACAGCAACCACCACAGCAACCACCACAACAACCGCCACAAUAACCACCAUAGCAAGGCUGGCAAUGGCGGCGAGGGCAGGCGUCAGCAGAAGCCACAGGCGGACAACAGCGAUGAUGAUGAUGAUGAUGAUGAUGAGGCCUCAGCACCGGCAACCCUCUCCUCCAAGUCUCUACCUUGCACCCCGUCCAAUACAACCGUCUCGGACCGUGUGUUACGGUGGGCACAAGACGUGAGUGUGGAAGACGACAACGAUGCCACUGCGUCCCCAGCUGGUCACGCCACCACAACGGCAUCCGCAUCCGUUGACACGACAGCAGCUGCGCCAGCAUCACCCUCCACGCCUUCAAGGCACGUGGCUGUGUCACCAUCACCGUCGCCUCCCCCUCCUCGCCAAUCGCAGCACCGCACGUCGUGUCGCACACGCCGCACCCUGGCCACGGGCUACAGCCGCCGGUUUGGGCAGCGCGAGGCCACGGGGCUCCGCAGAACCAACAACUUCAUCACUGUAUUCAACGCAUACAACAAGGACACAUAUCAGCACCUGGACGAGACAUCCUCCCUCGAUUCUUUCAUCGUCGAUGAAGAAGACGACGAAGACACUGCAAGUGAUGCCCACGAUGGUGCAAGAAGCGGAAGUGACAGGGGUAGUGGCGACGAUGGUGGUGCUGAUGAUGAUGGUUUGCGUGGCAACAGAGCAGCACAGCGCUACGUUCAGACGGACGGUAGCAGCAGUGAUGAAGAAGGUGGCGGUGACAGGAGAACGAGACUGCAACAGCAGCAGCGUCGGCGACGCAAGCAGCGAGCAAGAGCGAAAACGCGCACAGGACAGGGAGAAACGCUCACACGACGGCAGCACGCACGCGCCACACACGCGAGCACGCAGGAGCAGUCGACACCCGGCAGAAACCUGCGCAUCAUUACAAGUAGCAGCAGUAGUGGCAGUGAUGAUGACGAGGCACAGCAGCAAAACAGCAGGGAGCAUGACAGGCACCAUGACGAUGGAAGCAAUGAUGGACGUGGAACUGUUGACGGUGAUGAUGGUGUUGGUAGUAAUGACGAAGGUGACGGUGUUGGUGGCAGCGAUGGUAGCGACGCUGUUGGUGAUAGUGAUGGUGGUGCAUGUGGUGUUGUGUGGACGCCGAGGAGCCAGCGCCUUCAGCGGCGGCGAAAUGAGAACGAACGCGCAAGGAAGCGCGCAAAGAUGCUGCUGACGCGGCAAGGGCGGGAUAUCAUGCUCAACAGCGAUGAUGGGGGCGACCAAGCCGGUGACGGUGUUGUCGUUGGUGGUGCAACGACGCCAGUUGCUACUCAACCACAUGCAAGCGGCCGUGCAGUUGCGGAUGCACAUGGUGUGGGCCGUGUUGUUGUGCCUCAGUCGUUGUCGUCUACUGCCCAUCAUCGCUCCUCUCGCACGCGCCGCAGGAUCAUUGCAGCGCCUGAUGAUGAUGACGAUGAUGAGAAUGACGAUGCUGUUGGCGCUGCUGUUGGUGGUGUUGGCGCUGCUGUUGGUGGUGUUGGCGCGGGUGUUGGUGGUGUUGGCGCGGGUGUUGGUGGUGCACGUGGUGGCGUGCGGGCAAUCACAGCAACUGCAUCAGCAGCACCGGGCAGACGAAGAAGAAGAAGAAGUGGGGUUGAUGGGUUGACGUCGACGACCAUGAUGGACACAGCUCUCGACACCACCCCUGCUGCCACUAAUGCUGACGAUGACGAUGAUGAUGAUGAUGAUGAUGAUGAUUUCAUCGUUGACAGCGUGGAACACGACGACGUCAACUGUGUGUGCGGUGCGACGACGCGGGGGAAUUAUGAUGGACUUUGGGUCCAGUGCUCCUCCGAACUCUGCGGACGCUGGCAGCACGCGGCCUGCUUUGGUUACAAGACGAAAGUCGACGUGCCCUCACGCCAUCUCUGCCACCAGUGCCUCGCUCGCGCAGAGCAGCUGCUGGGCACAAAGUUGGCAAUCCCAUCAUCCUUCGCGCAGCGGAGGAGGAAGAAAACGGUUCUCAUUGAGAGCGACAGCGAAGAUGAAGGCGACGACGGAGGAAGCAGCAGCGCACAAGCGAGAUGUCCCACAGCAACACCAUCAUCAGCAACAGGAGUAACGGCGACAGCAGCAUCAGCACCAGCAAAUUCAUCAAGCACGAGCACCACCACACGCGCGUACACGGCGCUGGAUUUGUUCGCCGCUGUUCGUGAGCGUGACAUUCUCGCGCUGACCGCCAUCCUGGACGCAGCAGGGGUGGAUGUGGAUUCCAUGGACGUGUCGAACAACACCAAAACGCCGUUGCUUGUUGCGGCUGAGAAUGGGUUUGCUGACGUCAUCACAGUCCUCCUCGACUACGAUGCCGAUCCAACACGUGUCGACCUGUCAAACCACUCGGCGCUGUCGCUCGCGAUUAUGAACGGUUACGCAGACACCGCAGCCCUCCUCCUCCCACUCACAGCCGAUAUCGAUCAGCGAACGAACCGAAAUGAAGCGCUCCUCCACCUCGCAGCUGGCCAUGCGAGCCCGCGAUGUCUUGAUCUUCUCUUCAACGGCGCCGACGUCAGGAAUCAAAUCACCGCCAGAGAUGUCGAUGACUGCACGCCGCUGAUGGUGGCGGCGCUGCAUGGUUCCCCGGCCUGUCUGAAGAAACUUCUGGCACUGGAGCCAUCACCUGCUGACGUCAUGGACAACACGAGCGCAACACUCCUGCACCUUGCAGCAGAAGGCGGAUCACCCGCGUGUGUUCGGAUCUGCAUCCAAUCGCUGCCAUCGCACUUUCUCAACAAGACGGACGAGAACGGGUGGACCCCCAUGAUGCACGCGGCCAACAGCGGCAAAGCGGAGGCACUGCAGGUGCUACUCAGGAUGGGCACGCCUGUGGAGUGGCGCGAUCGUGAGGGCAGCACGGCUUUGCAUCUGGCGGCACUCGGCGGGCACACCGCAUGUGUGCAGCUGCUCAUUCGCCACGGGCAUCGUGUUGACUGCACAGACAACUCUGGGUGGCCGCCGUUGAUGUAUGCGGACUUUGCCGCGAAAUUUGAAUGUGUGAUGGCGCUGAUGCGUCCAAAGCCAACGCAGCUCGCCAUUCUUGCCAACUUGCUCCGAAAGACAGACGCGGCGGGACGGCGACGAAUUGAGGAGCGGGUCGCGUCCAUCGUCACCGCAAUCGCAACGCAGGAUGAGUACUAUCAAUACGUCAAUCAGUUUAUCGGCGAAAACAUCCACCUCUUGGAUGAGAGUUUGGAGCUGUUUCUCCGACAAAAGGGCCUGCUCACGCUGGACAACAAGCUCAAGUGGCUCAACCGAAAGCUGUCACAGCUUCGCCUUGACCUCCGUGCAUAUGCGUCUUCCGUUUCCUGCGAAAUCUCCCGAGAGGACGUCUUCCUCAGCUUUUGGGCGUGUCUCGGUGAUUUGAGUGGCGAUCAGCUCCUCUGCAUGGACUUGAGCAUCAGUUUCGCCAGCGAAAGCGGCAUUCUGCUUGGACCGCUCCGGGAAGCGUUCAGCGCGCUGGGCGGAAGCAUUGUAGACGACAGUCGCCAUCUGUUUCGCACGUGCAACGAGAGCAAAGGGCUGGUUGUUCCGCAGGAGUGCUUCGACACACAGGGAAACCCAGGCGCCCAGCCAGCUGGCGUGGAGCACAAGGCGGCGCAGCUGGAGUUUGUCGGUCGACUGAUGGGCGUCGCAAUCACUCGGGGACUGUACCUCAGGCUCCCCAUGCCAAGGUUCAUCGCUGCGCUGUUAUUGGAGGAGUGCACGCCGCGUUUCCCCGAUGAUCUGCAAGACAUUGAUCCGACCAUGGUUUCGAGUCUGCAGUGGAUCCUCGACAACGACAUUGAUGGCGCUGGGUUGGAGCUCUCGUACUCGCACGACGUCGUUGCACGUGAUGGCUCGCACAUCACCGUUGCCCUGCGGCAGGACAUUGACAAGAAUGCACCGGUCACGGACGCGAACAAACGCCAGUUUGUCGACGACAUGACGCAAUUCAUUGCGUGCACCUCGUUUGAGAAGGAGGUUGCUGCGCUGCGGAGGGGUCUGUUCAGCGUGGUCCCGCGUCACCUCUUGUCGCCGUUUCAGCCGCAGGAGUUCCUUCUUCUCCUGUGUGGACAGGAACUGUUGGACGUGUGCGAGUGGCGAGCACACACGCGCUACACAGGCGGUUACAAGGCGUCGGCGCCCCCGAUACAAUGGCUGUGGCAGGUUGUCGCUGCGAUGUCGCACAAGGAGCGCAGUCUUUUCCUCCAAUUCGUUACGGGUUCAGCCAUACUACCUCCUGGCGGAUUUGCGAGUCUUCAAGGCCUUUCGGGACCAACACCAUUCACCAUCGCCAUGGGCCAAGACACGAGCCGCCUGCCCACGGCGUCCACGUGUUUCAACUUGUUGGUUCUGCCGCCAUAUUCAAACUUCCAACAGCUGCGCGAUCGCCUCCUCGUCGCCGUGCGUUUCGGCGCUCAAGGGUUCACGUUUGCGUAG